AUGCCUCAGUACUCGAUUAAAGUAAAAUGGGGAAAAGAACUCUUUCCUAAUGUAGAAGUUAAUACAGAUGAAGAACCAAUAUUGUUCAAAGCACAACUUUUUGCAUUGACAGGAGUGCAGCCAGAGAGGCAAAAAGUUAUGUUAAAAGGAAUGACGCUAAAGGAUGAUAAUUGGGGAAAUAUCAAGUUAAAAAAUGGUAUUACUGUAUUAAUGAUGGGUUCUAAAGAAGAAGAUGUGCCAGCAGAGCCCACUGAAAAACCAUUAUUCUUAGAAGAUAUGAAUGAAUCUGCAUUAGCUACAGCUUUAGAUUUACCAGCUGGUUUGACAAAUUUAGGAAAUACUUGUUAUCUUAAUGCAACUGUACAAUGCCUAAAAACUGUCCCUGAGUUGAGAGAUGCUUUAAAGAAUUUUUCAGGGGGACUUGCAACUGCUGGUAGCUUGUCUCUUGUAUCUGCACACAGUAUAACUGCUGCGUUAAGAGAUUUAUAUGACAGUAUGGAUAAAGGAUCAUCUUUGCCACCUGUCGUCCUUGUUCAAAUGAUGCAUUUAGCAUUUCCAAGAUUUGCUGAAAAAUCUGAUCAUGGUGGAUUUCAGCAACAAGAUGCUAAUGAAUGUUGGACUGAACUUAUUAGAAUGUUACAACAAAAAUUACCAGCAAAGGAAAAUCCUGUUACCUCAGAAAAUAAUGGACAAAGUUACAAACCCCGAUCAUUAAUUGAACAAUAUUUUGGAGGAACAUUUGAUACUGAGUUAAAAUGUAUGGAAUCUGAGGAUGAAUCUCCAACUAAAGGAAAAGAAGAGUUUUUACAAUUGAGUUGUUUUAUUUCAACAGAAGUUAAGUACAUGCAUUCUGGACUUAGAAAUAAAAUGCAGGAACAAAUUACAAAAAUGUCACCAACUCUUGGCAGAGAUGCAUUGUAUACAAGAACGUCAAAAAUUAGCAGAUUACCAGCAUAUUUAACAAUCCAAUUUGUACGUUUUUAUUAUAAAGAGAAAGAAGCAAUCAAUGCAAAAAUUCUCAAAGAUGUUAAGUUUCCUCUUGAAUUUGAUGUUUUUGAAUUAUGUAGUAGUGAACUUCAAAGUAAACUUACACCAAUGCGAGAAAAAUUUAAAGAAUAUGAAGAUCGUUUAGUAGAAGAAUCACGUAAUAUAAAAGAAAGAAAGGAAAAAACAGAAAGUAAAAAGAAAGUCAAGCAAGAACCUUUUUGGUUUCCAGAUGAUAUAGGAUCAAACAACAGUGGUUAUUAUUCAUUACAAGCAGUUCUAACACAUAGAGGACGAUCAAGUAGUAGUGGUCAUUAUGUAGCUUGGGUUAGACAAAAGAGUGAUACAUGGUUAAAAUGUGAUGAUGAAAAUGUCAGCGCAGUAACUAGUGAAGAUGUAUUAAAACUUAGCGGCGGUGGUGAUUGGCAUUGCGCAUAUGUUCUUUUAUAUGGCCCAAAAAUUUUAGAAGUACCUGAUACAGAUGAUACUGAGGAUUCAAGUACUAAGUAAUUCUUAUGUAAUCUACAAAUUUCCAUAAAGACUAAAACAACUGGAAUAAAACUUCCAUCUUGCAUCUGUUAGACAAGUGCAUUUUUUUUUUAUA